CCAGGCAAAUCGUUUCCUCGGGUUGAGCGGCUGCUGGGAUCGCGACUGUCAAUUUUUGAGGCCAUGGGUGAUGAGACGAUACUCAAGACUUUGCUCUAUACCAUCAAUUCCCUCUUGCAGCAGCGGAAAUACCAGACCGCGCUGGCGGUGCUCAAGGGCUUCCGCAACGGAGCGGUUUAUGGAGCGAAAGUCCGUGCCCCGCAUGCUUUGGUAAUGACAUUUCUCUUCAAAAGUGGAAGCCUAAAGGAGAAACUGAAAGCAAUUGUUCAAGCUACCUACACUCAUUCCAGAAACCUGGCCUAUUUUGUAUUCACUUACAAAGGUUUGAUGGCUGUGCAGUCACGAAUGCAGGGAAAGAAGGUUCCAUUUCAGUCUUUCCUCGCAGCCUGCAUUGGGGGCUGGUUAGUGUUUGGGGAAAAUAAUAACAUUAACAGCCAGAUAAAUAUGUAUCUAUUAUCUCGUAUCCUGUUUGGCUUGUCUCGCCUGGCAGUGGAGAAAGGUUAUAUCCCACAGCCCAAACAAGAUCCCUUCCCACUUUUUGCUGCUGUGAUUUGGGGGAUUGUUCUUUGGCUCUUUGAGUAUCACCGGCACACCCUACAGCCAUCGCUACAAUCAUCCAUGACCUACCUAUACGAUGACAGUAAUGUUUGGCAUGAUAUUUCUGACUUCCUUGUAUAUAACAGAAGAUCUACCACCAAAUAAUCCUGUCAACUAUUUGGAUAAUGACACAUUCCAAUGGCAGUUAAAAAGAUGUAUCUAUCUAAACAUCCUUUACUGAAUUUACUUGUAUUAACACUGGAUGUGAAUGUCUACUUGAAGUCUGUCCACAAUGUUCAGUGUAGAUUGCUGAUUUCUACUACUUAGAACUUAAAAAGGGGGCAUUUUAUAAGCAAAAUGUUUUGUUGUUCUUUUCUGCAAGGGACCCGGUUUCCCUUUCUAUGCUAACUGCUGAGGAAAAUAUAUGACGUGUGCAUUGCUUUAAAAUCAAGAAAAAAUACAUUGACUAUAUAAAGCUGAAGUAUCAGAUGAUAUGAGUAACUUUUUUGCAACUUAUAUGCACAAAGUCAUCUACAAUUUCCUCAGCAACAAAAGGAAGAACUAAAUUCUUUGCAUGGUGGAUAACAUUUGAUAAUGAUCUUGGUCUGCAGAUAUGCUACUUGGAAGUGUUACUGCUUCUGUUUUGUUUAUCCAUGCCUCUUUCCUAGAUUAUAAGGGCAGAUAACAACAUCAAACCAAUUUUAAAGGUGUUUUUUUAAAAAAAUUAAUAGGGUCUUUUUUAAUCCAAUUACAUAAAUAUGACACAGGGACUGGUUUUCUUUUUUUUAAAGUGCACCAUCUUACAAAACACUGAAGAUUCAGUAACUUUUACAAAUAGUUGAAAGCGAGGUCCUGUUUCUUGGGUUCAUAAAACAAAAGAGAGUAGGAAGUAGGGUGAACAUAGGAGUGGUGUCAAAUAGAUUAUUCUUGUUGUGAUAUCCUGCAUUAUGGUGCGGGGAAGAGAGGGGCAAAUACCAAAAAACAAAAAACAAAACUUUUCCUUGAUUGAAACUCUUCCAGAUGGAAAACAAUGCAACCAUACAUAGCUAGAACUAUUGUUGCAGUUGUCAUGGUCUGAUCAUACAGCAACAGGUAAACUUUUGUUUAGCAAUCUACCAAAACUUCCAAAUGGACCAUUAGAUUUUAUCCCAUUGUUUUAUUAAUGAAUGCAGAUAACUGUGGAUUGCAUUUUUUGAAAUAUUUAUAAUCCAAUCAUGUGGAUUGGCUAAAGCAGGUCUUCCUUGGUCUAGUCUUGUACAAAUGCACAGAAAAGCAAUGUAGAUUUCUUACGUUAGAAGAACAAGAAAUGAGACUUAUAGAUGAAAUAGAGGGUCUUGCAAAAUUCAUUUGCAUAAAAAGCAUAGAUCUUCCUAAAAUGUUACUUUAUUUUUGUAAUUUCAUCUCUCUGUAUCAGUAUGAAUACUACACUGGGUGACCUAAUGCAUACACACACACACACACUACUACUACUACUAAAGAGAGAUGGUGUAUGAAAUAAAAUGUCUGACUGCUGUCCUAGUCUCAUUUUAGAAUAGUCUUUUUUUAAUACAAUGAGCCUAUAGUGAAGAAUCUGUAUCUAAACACAAACACUUGAAGCAGCUCAAAUGUACUUUCGUAUGUGCUGGAGUGUUAUUUGAAACAAGAUGGUUAAUAGAAAAAUUCUGGUUAAAAAACAAAACGAAGACUGAUCAUAAAGGACUUAAGAUUUUAAUUUAUUGGUUAGGCUGUUGUCACUGAGUAUUAAUUUAUCAUUGUAAACUUGCUUAUGGUGAUAUACUGUAUAUUACAUAUAUUUGGGAGACAGUGAAGUUUUGUAUUUAAUUUAUAGGACUAUAACAUUGCUGUGGCUUGGUAAUUCUUUUAUCACAUCUGUCUUUAGUUUGCUUGUUUGAUAUAUAUGCUGAUGGUAUAAGAUAAUCUGUUCUCAUCAUAUUAUCUGUGGAAAUCUUUUUUAUUUUCUUCUUUCUGAAUUCCUCCUAUACAAAUGUUUGAAAGCCACCAUGGCCACCAUACCAAAGUCACUGUCACAUCACGUUAUCUGUUUGAAGAGAUAAAUAACAAUCUGUUUCAGAACAUUACUGAUAUUUUAGGCAACGUCUGUCCUAAGCUUUGAUUGGUUCUUUUCUCAUAUGAUUGCUUUCAUGCAAUGACACCUCCUGCUGCCUUCUCCCUAAGCAGUAGGCAGUAUUUCUUCUAAAAGUUGAAGAAUCAGCAUACUUUUAACUAGUACUGCAAAUACUGUAUAUUUUGGGUUUUUCUGCAUUUCUUUUGGGCUCCAGUCAACAAACAAUAAUAUUAAGCUUUUUUUUUUUAGCAUAGUUUCUGAGACCCUGUCUAAACUCGCAAAGCACAGGACUGUAGAACAAAUCAUAUGUGAUCACUCCAUACUGUUCCUAUAGCUUACAGAUGAGGUCAAAUCCCUUCUGCCACUAAUGUGACUGAACAAUGCUGGUGUGUGCUAGGGAAGUGAACUAGAAGUAAUGGGUCGGUCCAAAGACUCUUGGAUACAUAAGUUCCAUUCCUCACUCUUUCAGAUUGUAUUGUUUAGCAAGCUAAGUAUUCUGUUUGGUUUUCAUGCUAAUAAGAAAGAAACACAAAAAGAAUAAGGCGACCGUUUGAAAAUCCAGCCCCCAGGCAGCCUGUCCCAUCAAAAUUAACCAACUACCAACUAUCUCAGCCCUGAAGAUCAAAACAGAUGUAUAUGUGGAUUGUGUUAAAACCAACUCAGCAGAGGCUUUACACUGAGAAUUUUUUAACAGAUCUUGAUUCCUGAUCUGAAAACAAUAAUCAUCCUUACUUAAUAUGCCACGACUUUAUUGGGCUUGAAAAAUGUUUCUGAAAAAUAGUAAAAUAAUACAAAAAGUAUCUAUACUAUAUCUUACUAUAUAAAUUGAAUAAAUUAUCUAUGCCAUAUAAACUGAAUGAAAUAAAUAAAGCUAGAAAAGCUGUAGAGGCAACUUUUAAAAAAAUAAGGUAGGAAAUUAGGAAUAUUGAAAUAAGCCACUGUCCCAAUUUGAAUAGGAAAAUACAAUGACUUGUACAAAGGUAGUCCCCAAUAAGGUUUUCCCCUAUCAAUUUUUACACUUAAUUAUUUAUAAGCACUACUUAACAUAAGCUUCCUAACAUGUUUGUGGAUCUUGAUUGAUGGGUAGCUACAAUGUCUCAAAUAGCAUUAACUAAUGGAACAAAUCAUUCAUUUAACAGUACAAAGCGUAUGAGUGCUUUUUGUUAAUAUAGGACCUUUUGUGUGGGCGAACUUUUUCCUUAUAGUUCUUUUUCAAACCCUUCAUUAUUGGCAACAGCAAAUGGUCACUUUACAUGUAUUCCUGAAUUUAGAGAAAUCUUGGAAAAUAUCCAUGUGCUUUUUACGAUCAUAGGUUUUUCCCACAUUCACUGGAAACCUCUCUUCUAUUUUUGCCCUCUGGCUUCAUAUUGGUAAGCUAUCAUAUGCAAAGUUACUUUUAAGAUUUAAUUUCCAAUGCAGGGGUUUUUUUUAGGCUGUUGUAAACAAACUACAUUUUUGUGUAUUAGAAAUAUUAAUGGCUAUACAGUAACUGCCUAUCCUUAAACGGUUUGCAGAAAAGAUUAUCUUCUUGAAGUGUGUGGGAUAUCCAUGGUAUUACAUAGUUAUUCUCUGCCUACUUUGUAGUAAAACAGACUGAUCAAAUUUUAUGCGCAAUUGCAUUUUUUAAAAAAAUCCUUGGCUGUAAUAAGAAAUUCACUGAUUAUGAGUCCUGAUUGAACUCUUCUCUCUCAAGCCAAACCCUUUUAAAGCUGUAGCGAUUAUCUAAAUGAUUCAUCCUGAAACAGUAAUGCCAUGGGCACUACACACCAGUAUGGGAAUGUAACAGCAUUCAUUUGGCUUGCUGAGUUCAUGCAGUCAAGCUCAUUUUGAUAGUUAAUUGAAACCCUAUUAUUUGGAAAUGUUUGGGCUUUUACAUAAAAUACAAUGAAUAUUUGGAGAAACAGAAAUUUCCAGAAGGUAAUAGAAUUAGCAACUAUGGCAGAUUCGUACAUCAUACUAUAUAAAAUGAGGUUUGUUUAGUUUUGGUUUAGGGCAAUGUGUGAACAUGGCCACUGUGGUUUAUAAACAUGGCACAUGGUCUAAUGCAGUGUGUAAACCAGCUAGUGACUUGCUCAGUUUACUUAAGAAGAAAGACUUAAUGUACUUUUAACCAAUGUAAUAGAACAAUAAGUAAUUAAAUAGGUACCUUUGUUUGA